ACCAUUGGCUAACUUGCUAAGGAGAAUGGACAGCGAUGUACCAGCUAUGGGAUUCAUAUACGGCGCCUUUUUGGAUGCAAAGAAAGAGAUCUCAGCCAAGUUUGAAAAUGAACAACAAGAAUCUUGUUUUCAAGAAGUGUUGGAUAUAGUGGAUAAAAUAUGGGACAACAAAUUGAAGAGGCCACUACAUAGGGCUGGAUACUUCUUAAAUCCAUACUACUUUUAUGAAAACAAGCUACAAAUUUUGUUGGAUCCAACAUUUAAAGAUGGGGUUGUCAGUUGCAUGGGAAAAAUGGUGGAAGAUGUUCGCCUUCAAGACAAAAUCACAGAUGAACUUAAGGCAUAUCAAGGUGAAGAGGGGUCAUUUGGAAGAGACAUUGCUAAAAGGCAGCGGAAAAACAAAAACUUUGAUCCAGCUGAUUGGUGGUCCAAUCAUGGGUCAAGUGCACCGAAUCUCAGGGUAUUGGCGAUGCGGAUUUUGAGUUUGACAUGCAGCUCCUCGGCUUGUGAGAGGAAUUUCAGUGUUUUUCAGCAGAUUCACACAAAAAGACGCAGUAGGCUACUUCAUGACAAAAUGAGAGACCUUGUGUUCAUCAAGUUCAACUCCAAACUAAAGGAAAAGAGAGGGAUGAAAAACAGGGACCCAAUUGAGGACCACACAUUUGUAGAUGUUGUAGAAGAUGAAGGUAAUGAGUGGAUUACUGGUGUUGUGUCUGUUGAAGGAGUGCAAACAGGAGUUGAACAUGAAGAUGUACAAGUUGCACAAUCAACAUCAGAAGGAGAAGUUGCUCCAUCAAAAAGAAAGAUAGUGUCUCAAUCUCGUCCUAGGAAGAAGAAGAAGUUGCUUCCUAUUUAUCGUGAUGAUGAGUUGCAAUCAGCUGAGUCUUCUUCUGAAUCGGAAGAUGAUGAAAUGCAUUUACCAGUGAGUGAUUCUAAAUAAUUUGAUUGUGCUAUGUUGUAAUGUUGUCCCCUUCGGUGGCUAUUGAUGUAGACUAUCUUAAAACUCGUGUGUUAUUUUGUGUUGUAUUGUUGCUGCCCCGGUGGCUGUUCAUGUUAGAGACUCUUAAACUAUGGCUGUUGAGUGUUGAUGUUUGAGACUUACUAU